GCACUUCCGUACUUCCGUUUGUAAAAACUGUAAACCAAGAUGUGUGCUUGACAAGAUAGAGCGUAGUGUAAAGUACGACAUUGAAACGUUGAACUGUUCUUUGGUCACAAAUUUGGGAUUUUUAACCUCCUCCUUGUUUCAGUUGCUGCAAGGAUGGCUGAGAUGGUGAGAAACGACAGCUCUUCUGUGAUUUCAUCUCUUCAGAUGGAUUAUGGUGAUUCUGAUGAAGAUGAAAACAAUUCGUCUAAGAAUUUGUCUCGAAAUGAAGAAGAGAAAGUGACAGAGAGUAAAGACACACUUGGGGGAGAAGAUGAAAAGAGGACAGAAAGUAGAGACCCAUCUGGCAGCAAUGAGGAAAGAGAAACAAGAAGUGACUUGUCUCAGGGUGCUGCAAGCACAACCACUGAUCAUGUAGCCGGGCUUUCCAGUCAAGAGCCAUUGUCACAAACACAAAUUAACAUUGCUCGGGUAAAUAUUGGUGAUCUUAGUGACAAGGAAGCCGAAGGAACACCGACUGACUUCAUAUCAGAUGAUGAAGACAGUGAUCAUCCCCAUCAGCAUCACCAUCACCAUUCACAUCACCAUCAUGCCUCAGAACCGAAAACCUCAAGUCUUGCAACUGAGCCCAUCAAUACAGAAUCUCCAUCCUCCCUACCAUCGGCAAACGCAGCAAGGAAAGCCAUGCGCCUUGUGUCCUAUGGCCCUGAUGAGGAUGUUGAUGACGACGAAGAUGGGGACUCUGAACAAGAGGAGGAAGCUGAAGCCCAGGAGAGCAAUGACAACAGCCCAGAGGCUCAGACCACAGACACAGCUGCCCUGUCUCGCAGUGUCCAGAACAUGGCCAGCGAUGACAUCAAGAUACCACCAGAACCUCCUGGAAACUGUUCCUUCCAACUUCAGAGAAAGAUUGAAGACAUGUAUGACAGAAUGAGGAAAGAAGGCCUGGACCUGAACAGAGUCAUUCAGAGCAAGAAAAACUUCCGCAAUCCCAGCAUCUACGAAAAGUUGAUAGAGUUCUGUCACAUAGAUGAGAAAGGCACAAAUUUCCCCCCGGAAAUCUACGACCCACACUUAUGGGGUAAAGAGUCUUUCUUCGAUGAGUUAGACAAAGUUCAAAGGAAAGACAUGGAAAGAAGGGAAAAAGAAAAGAGAGAGAAAACAAAGAUUGAGUUUGUCACGGGUACCAAGAAAGCUUCGUCAAUGUCCGACAUCUCUGGGAUGCCAGACGAGAAAAAAAGGAAGACCAAAUGGGACGCUCAGCCUGGUGGAGUGUCAGCGGGCGUUGUCAAGGCCCCGGGUGUGCAGGGGCCAGGAGUGGUCAACUUGACAGCCACCGCCACGGGGACCAAAGCUACGGUGAUUUCUGCAGUUGGAUCAUUGUCAAAGAAACCUACGGGGAAGUGACCAUCUGUUGCCUCCUGUCUCCUGGCCUGUUUGUUGCUGCUCCCAGUAUGAUGUGCCGCCUGAGUUGUAGAGCAGGUCUCAGUCAUAACACAGUUGCUGAAGUCUUUUUUGGGUUUGUUUUUUUUUGGUUUUUUUGAGAGACCAGUUGUUCAGUCAUUGUCAAGUGUGUAUGAGUAAAAUUAUUUUGUAUAUCCAAUGACUGUUCAUUCUAGUGUUACUGUGUAUGUAAAUGUGAGUGCGUGGGUGUGGGUGUGUGUGUGUGCGCGGACGAGUGCGUGAAUGUAUUUAUCAUGCCACAGUAAAUUUCUCUUUGUUGAAAUCAAUAAAAUGUUAUCUUUUAUCUCGUCUUAUCUUAUCUUUAAAGAACAGUGCCUAACUGGGUCAGCCUUCUGGCUUUAGCGAAAGUGGAAAUGUCUCAAAAGUAGGAUUUUAGUACAAAAAAACAAAAUCCUGCCACACAGAGGAUCUGAAAUAAGUAAAAAGCAUUCUUACCAUACCAAUCACUUGAAUGACUUGAUACAUCACACAAGAAAUGAGCGGCGCAAUUGUGUUAUAACUGUGAUGAUGUGGGGUUGUUUGGUUGGUGGUGGUAGGCCUUACAUUGUGGUCUGCUGCUUCUACUUCUUGUCCAUGUUACUCUUGUCCUGUCCUCAUUUGUCUCUUGGUAAAAUGGAUGUAAAUUAUUUGGACUUGUCAGUGUUAACAAAUCUACAAGAGGGAAUUCAGUGUUGUGAGGAGCAGAGAAGGAGUGGGGGAAAUGCUUUGGAGACUUUAUUUUUCAAGCUGGUAACAGCACGGGGGGUUGGAUUCUCUUUUCAUAUUUCCCUAGAGGCUGAGAAUAUUUUAGAGUGUUCUGGGGUGUGCUGGGGUAAUAAUAGUUGUAAAGCUGUAGAGAAUGGACAUGUGCUGUAUAAAUAAUACAGCUAUUAUUAUUAUUAUUAUUACUUUUACUAUUAGAUUUUUAAUGCUGUUGUUAUUAUGAAGAGAGAUCAGCAGGGACCAUGUGGAGGAUUCUGAAUAGGCCAUGUACUGAUGGAUGAAAAACUGGACGGGUGCUGAAAUUGUUGAAAGAAGUACCUGUGGGAGGAAUUCUCCUCUCAUAUAUAAGUGCUUGAUGGACAAAGUGAAAUAAAAAGUGUGUACAAAUUGUUUUGCUGGUAGUGAAAGCCUGAAUUUCAUUGUCUUGGCAAUAAAUAUUUUCAUGUAA